AUGGCAUAUGCUAAUUUUGAUACUGAAACAACUGGUGGAUUUACACAAAGUUCACCAAGAAAAAAUACAGAAAAUAAAAGUGUUGUAUUUCCUUUAACUGCAUUAAGUUUUAUUCAUACUGAAUCUAAUAACAAAAAACAAUUUACAUAUAAACAAGUUGUAUUAAAUACUGUUGUUGUUUGUGGUAGAAUAACAAAUAUUGAUAUACAAAAUGAUGUUAAAAGAUAUACAAUUAAUGAUUCAACAGGAAGUGUUGUUGUUGGGGUAUAUCAAAUAGAUUCAACAGAAGAAAAUAUUGAGGUCGGUCAAUAUAUUAAAUGUGUUGGUAAAAUUAAAAAAUUUUCACAAGAGACAUAUAUUUUAGCAUCUCGAUUACCACUUGUUGUUGAUGUUAAUCAUAUGAUGACUCAUUUGAUUGAAUGUGCUUAUGCUCUUUCUAAACUUAAAUGA